UUCCUUACUCGCGCUGGUUCCUCGGCAUGUGGGGAACCACGUUCACACGACUCAUGCAGGGUCUGUGGAGCGGCGACACGUUCCGGUCAGUGCUUCGCGACACGCUGCGGAGCAACUUCAGCGAUAAGUUGAAGAUCGGGGACAUCAGUGGGUUCGCCGUAAUCAACUCCAUAUUCGCCAAUGACAGGGGCCACGGGCGCUCGGAGUCUUUCGGCAUGGCUUUCCGGUCAGGGGACAAUCCCAUCCUGGAACCCGACUGGGCCUACAUUCACACGGCCGCCAUUUGGCCGGGAGGAAGCAUGUAUGUCAACGAGACGAUGCUGCAAGAUGUACUCAGGGUGGCCGAUGUAGUCGGCAUAAGCACAAGCAACACCACUGAUGAGACCAACAUCAUCUUGAGCCGAGGAGGAGGAAACAACGUUGAGUACAAGGCUGCUUCCCCGCCAAACCCCAUCAGACCAGCGGCUCCAGGCGUCCGGGGAAUGCUUGACAUACUGGCGGAGUUUCCGCACUGGAAGCAAGUUCUCGGUCACCAGCAGCUGUGUUUCUCCCUCACGACGUCCAUCAACUACGUGCGCAGUAGCGCCGACAAGAUAGAUUUCGUCUCAGAUAUUCGUUUGAGUGAAGAUUUCACCACCAAGGACAGCAAAGACCGAUACCCGGUUGAAGCGAAAAACACCAGCUAUCACUUCGACAAUACGACGCAUACACACUUCUGGCACCACCUUCGCAACGGCGACUUGUUGACCUUGUUUGCAUACGACACAAACGACACGCUGGCAUACAAGAUUGACGAGAUGCUCAAGGCUUACGGGGGCGACAAGUGCGUCGUCUUCGAAGACUUGGGUGAGGAUGACGAAGAGAGGAGUUUCGACGCCAGUGGAAUGCACGUCCGCUUCGGGAAGUUGGAAAUGCUCAAGGCCGUGCAGACUGCGAUGGUGAACAAGGAGAAGGAAGAGGAUAGGCGGGUGGCGUUCAUCGUCAUCUGCAACUGCAUCCUCUUCAUCAUCAUGAUCAUCUUGCUGUUCCUGGUGUUUACGCGGUUGUCAUAUUCCAUAGGAUACAGCAAACGUGGAAGAGGUGACACUCAGUCCCCGACGUAUCGUAAAGUCGCUGGCGGAGGAUCUACGCCGACGACGGCCAUCACCACGAGCAGCACCAGUGCCACCACAACCGGCACGGGCGGUGACGUCGUGACGACAGCGCCGUCGUCGACUCCGUUCUCAAUGUCUCCCUCAGCGACACCCGUGUCGAUGUCGAUGACGAUGUCGUCGACAUCGUCGUCGAACACGGACGUGACGCCGGACUCCCUUUCUUCAAUGAGCACAGCAGAGCCAGUUACAUCGAUGAAAACUCCAGCGCCGCCAAGUUACGAGAACCGUGCGUUCACGCUUAUUUGCGUGUUCGAGUACCUCACGCGCGUACUCCCCGCCAGUGCCCCCCAGUGCACGGACUAUGUGUACAUCCGGUUCUUCGUGUACUCGACAACGGAAAACCUGGGCCCACUCGUGUUCGAAAAGAAGAAGCAAUACGAUGGCACCGUCAAGCUGUACUACGACGAAACGGAUGAAUAUUGGAGGAAGUUCAAGUCUUACCGGACACUGGACAACUACGUGAGAAACAGCAAGCUCCAAAUUCCUUACUCGCGCUGGUUCCUCGGCAUGUGGGGAACCACGUUCACACGACUCAUGCAGGGUCUGUGGAGCGGCGACACGUUCCGGUCAGUGCUUCGCGACACGCUGCGGAGCAACUUCAGCGAUAAGUUGAAGAUCGGGGACAUCAGUGGGUUCGCCGUAAUCAACUCCAUAUUCGCCAAUGACAGGGGCCACGGGCGCUCGGAGUCUUUCGGCAUGGCUUUCCGGUCAGGGGACAAUCCCAUCCUGGAACCCGACUGGGCCUACAUUCACACGGCCGCCAUUUGGCCGGGAGGAAGCAUGUAUGUCAACGAGACGAUGCUGCAAGAUGUACUCAGGGUGGCCGAUGUAGUCGGCAUAAGCACAAGCAACACCACUGAUGAGACCAACAUCAUCUUGAGCCGAGGAGGAGGAAACAACGUUGAGUACAAGGCUGCUUCCCCGCCAAACCCCAUCAGACCAGCGGCUCCAGGCGUCCGGGGAAUGCUUGACAUACUGGCGGAGUUUCCGCACUGGAAGCAAGUUCUCGGUCACCAGCAGCUGUGUUUCUCCCUCACGACGUCCAUCAACUACGUGCGCAGUAGCGCCGACAAGAUCGACUUCGUCUCAGACAUUCGUUUGAGUGAAGAUGUACAGCGAUACCAUCGGAUAAGGUUCACCACCAAGGACAGCAAAGACCGAUACCCGGUUGAAGCGAAAAACACCAGCUAUCACUUCGACAAUACGACGCAUACACACUUCUGGCACCACCUUCGCAACGGCGACUUGUUGACCUUGUUUGCAUACGACACAAACGACACGCUGGCAUACAAGAUAGACGAGAUGCUCAAGGCUUACGGGAACGACAAGUGCGUCGUCUUCGAAGACUUGGGUGAGGAUGACGAAGAGAGGAGUUUCGACGCCAGUGGAAUGCACGUCCGCUUCGGGAAGUUGGAGAUGCUCAAGGCCGUGCAGACUGCGAUGGUGAACAAGUACGGGGACCCUUUCCCCUGAUAGACGGAUCGGCGUGGACGCUUCUCUAGAGUGCACGUCAGUCCGGCUGCCCCGGCCAUUUUAUUCAAGCGCACAGCAGUGAGAGUGACGUCACCAUCAAGGACGUGUGAGGGCACUUAACGGGUUGUUUAGAACGACGGCCCUUAUUUUAUAGAGAGAAGACUGCUGUUGUGCUUGUCAAGUUCGUCGGCAUCCGUGGACUGCCACGUCAUUGUUAAUUUAAGGUGACCUAUAGUUCUCACGCUUGAAUCGUCGCGUGAAUCUUUGUGUGUGCUUAGUUUUUUUUUCUCUGUUCUCGGGGCUAUGAACGCAAUCACCAUAGACGUGAUAUCUCCUGCGAUCACUUUGUUUUGAUUGGUAGAUCACAUGACCCGGUCAGCACACAGAACCUUAAUUUUGAGAGGCGUGUCGCGAUAGUCUUGUUUCGUAAUCAUAACGCUCACACUUGAACUGCAAACCCGACGUGAACAUGUGUUUAUUUUUGUUUUUGUUUUUGACUACAUGAAUACAAUCGCCAUUAAGCUUAACGUGUUAUCAGUUGGUCCCAUUUCAGCGAGUCCACAUGAUCUACAUGGCAAAUGUUAAGUGCACUGUGUCGUCGACGAUGCAUGACAUCGUUGAUAUCAAUUAUUAUAAAAUUAGUUACCAUGCGUCUGUUUCAUUAGAAGUUCAUUUUAUUAGAAUCGAACGCAAUUUACAUGCUCGCUUUUUUUUUCAACGAGUAGUUUGUAAUUUUCCUUCCUCACGUCGGCCUUAUGCUGACUCCACGUUGCAGGUCAGCUAGGAAUACACUGCAAUAAAACAGUGA